AUAGUUUCUGUUCAACUGCACAUCAAAGAACCACAUAAGAAAAAUCACAUUUUUCUCACUCAUUUUAUUUAAAUUAAAUCUUAAAACAGAAUAAUAACAAGUUUAUUAUAGAUGAUAGUGUACCAGUAUUAUCAAUAUUUCAUUAGUUGCGUGCAUAUACAGACUAAAGGUUGUGUGUCGAAAUCAGAGGUCGAAAGUGUCGGUUUGUUUUGUAGGUAUUUCGAAAAUUUUAAGUUAAUUUGAACGGGAACGCCAGUUUUUGGAAGUUAUGUCUGGGAAAAUGCUUAGGAUUGGCUUCAUCGGAGGUGGGAAAAUGGCACAAGCGAUGGCGAAAGGAUUUAUAUCAGCUGGCUUAACCAAACCGGAUUCCAUAACAACCAGUUGCCACCCCACUGAUCUGCCUAACAUACAAGCUUUUAAGGAACUGGGAGCGGAAUCUCUAACAGAAAACCUGCCAGUAGUUGAAAAAUCCGAACUAGUGAUCUUAUCAGUAAAACCCCAUAUCAUCCCCAUAGCCCUGGCCGAUCUGAAAAAGACAAAGGUCGACAACGACAAGUUGUUCCUGUCGAUCGCCAUGGGGGUCACCAUAAAAAAAUUGGAACAGAUUCUCCCGAAAGACUCCAGAGUAAUCCGGGUGAUGCCAAACACCCCGGCAUUAGUACAAAGUGGCGCCUCCGUGUUCGUCAAAGGAAGCAACGUCACAGAGGGUGACGUCACCGUCACCAAGAAACUCCUCCAGAGUAUCGGAACCUGCGAGGAGGUUCCCGAAGGUCUUAUGGAUGCCGUAACAGCUUUAAGCGGAUCUGGACCGGCUUACGUUUAUCUAUUUAUAGAAGCCUUGGCAGACGGUGGGGUGAAAAUGGGCCUCCCGAGGGAUUUGGCUUACAGGUUGGCCUCUCAGACGGUACUGGGAGCCGGCAGGAUGGUCAGGGAUACGAGGGAACAUCCUGGGAAGUUGAAGGAUGAUGUGACGUCGCCUGCCGGAUCGACUGCAUCUGGGAUACACUUUUUGGAGAAGCAAGCUUUCAGGGGUGUGGUGAUGGGUGCCAUUGAGGAGGCUACCAAGAGGUGCAAGGAGGUAGCCGAGGGGGGUCAUUGAGGCAACUAGAAGAGAAUACCAGGAAAAUUUAAUGUAGUUUUGUAUUGUGAUUGUUUGAUUUCAAUUUUUUUUUAUGAAAAAAUUCCAUAAUAAAAUGAGUCAUAAAUUAUUAAA